AUGAACUUUGGGUUAAGGAACGCAGCUCAAGCGUUCCAAAGGUUCAUCGAUGAGGUUACACAGGGCAUGGACUACGUAUACGGAUAUUUGGACGACAUUCUGGUAUUCUCGAAAACUGAGAAAGAACACUUAAAUCACUUACAAAAUCUGUUUGAUAGAUUCAAGAAAUACGGCAUACUUAUUAAUACAUCUAAGUGCAUAUUUGGAGUACCGGAAGUUACUUUCCUGGGUUAUCACGUGUCUUCCGAGGGAACACGACCAUUGCCCGAAAAGGUGGAAGCUAUUCACAAACUCGACCCACCUAAAACCGCUAAACAACUGCGAAGGUUCCUAGGAAUGGUCAAUUAUUAUCGAAGGUUCAUCCCUCAUGCCGCAGAAUUACAAUACCCUUUAAAUGAGGCCUUGACAGGAAAGAACAAAGGAGCCACGCCUAUAAAUAUGACUGAUAAAAUGUUGCGUGCCUUUCAUCAAUGCAAAGAAAGCCUGACUCACGCUACACUUCUGUCACUUUCAGAUGUACAGGCAGAACUAGCGUUGUUUACAGAUGCUUCAAAUGAAGCGAUCGGAGCUGUACUGCAGCAAAAAAGGCAAGAUAACAUAUGGCAGCCUUUGGGAUUUUUCUCACGAAAGUUGUCACUACCCCAAAAGAAGUAUAGUCCUUACGAUAGGGAACUCCUAGCUAUUUACGAAGCGAUAAAACAUUUUAAAUAUAUGCUGGAAGCUAGGAACUUUGCCAUUUACACAGACCAUAAACCAAUUUCAUACGCUUUCAAAACAAGAAGGGAUAAUUGUUCACCACGGCAAUACAGAUAUUUAGAUUAUAUAUCACAAUUCACCAAAGAUAUCAGACAUAUUGCGGGUAAAGAGAAUGUUGUCGCAGACGCACUUUCAAGAAUAGACGAAAUCACGGAAGCAAUAAAUUAUGAAGCCCUUGCACGAGAUCAGGAGAUCGACCUUGAACUGCAAGGUUUACUGAAAAACGGGACAGGUCUUAGAAUAGAGAAAUAA